AUGGCAUCGUCACAUGUAAAGCAAUCAUGUGUAAAAUGUGAUAAAGGUGGUGGUAUUGCAAUAUGUUCUGGAUGUCAACAACAAUAUUGUGUUAAACAUUUUAUUGAACAUCGACAAGAACUUGCGAUAGAAAUGGAUCAAAUUGGUCAACAACAUGAUUUACUUCGACGUGAUUUAUCAAAAGAUAUGCCAGAACAUUCGCUAUUUACUUCUAUUAAUACAUGGGAACGAGAAUCAAUAACGAAGAUUCAAGUUGCUGCAGAAGUAGCUCGAGCUGAUCUUCAACAAAUACUUGAUCGAACAAAAAAUGAUUUAAAAAUAUCUGUAGAUAAAUUAACGAAUGAACUUCAAUCAAGUCGAGAAUUAGAUGAUUAUACUGAAAUUGAUAUUGAAAAAUGGAUGAAAAAUUUAAAAGAACUUCAAAUGAUAUUUGAAACACCAGUAAAUCUAAAUAUUUUAUCUGAUAAUGAUUCACAAUCAUCAAUAAAUUUAAUAACAAUUAAUACUCAAUUAUCUAUAAAAAAUAGUUUACAAAUUUCGAAUAAACUAACACAUGAAAGAUUUGAUACAGUUUAUGGAUUGACGAAUAUAUCAGAAAAUGGUCUUGUUGCUCAAAAUAUUGGUGAUAAUUAUUCAAGAAUAUGUGGAAAGAAUGAAUAUUCAUCUGGUGUACAUCAAAUUUCCUUUCGAUUAGAUGAACAAACAAAUUCUUGUCCUUUCCUAGGUAUUAUUUCAUUAACAGAUGUAUUAAAUUUACGAGAGAUCACAUUAUCAUCAGCUAAUGGAUGGUUAGAUUUAGAUUAUCCUAUUAUCAAUGGUAAAACUCAAGCUAUAGUUUUUUCUAAUCGAACUAUUCAAUCAGGUGAUGAAGUAACAUUAAUAAUAGAUUGUGAUAAUCAAGAAAUUCUUCUCGAACAUCAUCGUACUAAAAGACUUAUUCGUCAAUCGAUUAAUCUUCAACAAUGUCCAUUUCCAUGGAAAAUACUUGUAGCAUUAUCAUCAAAACAUGGAUCUAUACGUAUUCUUAAUUACAAUAAAUCUACAUAA